CGAUCACCACCCCUCUCACUCACCAUCUCACCAUCUCACUAACAAAAAUGAAGUAUUCGUAUCUUGUAAGUCUCAUUUGCAUUGUUACUUUCUUUCCAUUAUCAUCAGCCAGGUUUGAGGACCAGUUCCAACCGAGCUGGGCUUUGGACCAUAUCCUCCAAGAAGGCGACACUGUCAAGCUCAAGCUCGACAGCUCUUCUGGUGCAGGCAUUGCUUCAAAAUCCAAAUACUUAUAUGGGAAAACAACGGCGGAGAUGAAGCUAGUGCCGGGAGACUCCGCCGGAACAGUGACGGCGUUCUACAUGUCAUCAGACGGAGAAGCGCACAAUGAGUUUGAUUUUGAGUUUCUUGGGAACACAAGUGGUGAACCUUAUCUGGUUCAGACAAAUGUGUAUGUGAAUGGAGUUGGUAAUAGAGAGCAGAGGAUGGAUUUGUGGUAUGAUCCAACUCUGGAUUUCCAUAACUAUUCCAUACUUUGGAAUCCGAAGCAGGUGAUGUUUUUGGUUGAUGAUACACCGAUUAGGGUUUAUGAGAACAGGGAAGAGGAAGGGUUGGUGUUUCCGAAAAGUCAACCGAUGGGGAUUUAUAGUUCGAUAUGGAAUGCGGAUGAUUGGGCGACGCAAGGGGGGAGAGUGAAAACAGAUUGGAGUCACCAGCCGUUUGUGACGGAGUUUAGGGAGGUGAAAAUGGAGGGAUGUGAGGUGGUGGAAGGGAAGGAGGUGGAGGAAGAGGUGAAGAGGUGUGGGGAGAGUUGGGAAGGGAAAGAAGGGAGGUAUUGGUGGAAGGAAAAGGAGAUGGAGGAGUUGAGUGUGCAUCAGAGUCAUCAGUUGGUUUGGGUUAGAGCUAAGCAUCUUAUUUAUGAUUAUUGUUUUGAUUCUGGUAGGUUUCCGGCUUCGCCACCAGAGUGUAAACGGUGAAUUGUUGAAACUUAUUUCCUUGGAAUUUUAUUUCUAGUGUUGUUUUUGGUUUUUUAGUGGUGGUGGUGAUGUAUGUAUGUAAAAAGAAGAAGGGAUAGUGAACUUCUUGUUCUUUUUGUUUGUAUUUUGUUUAGAGGUUACUUGUAGGGUUUGAAUUAUUAAUGAAUGGUGUGUUUCUCGGAAAGA